AGCUUAAAAAUUGUAGAACAGAAAAAACAGAGAAUAAAACAAAUACGAAGGAUAUUUUGAAAUGGCAGAUACUGAUCCACAGUUAAAACGUCUUUUACUCCCAGCAGAAGAAACCUUAUUUGAACAAUUAUUAAGGUUUGGCUUAUAUCUUGGAGCAAUAUUUCAAGUCGUAUGUCUAUUGGCAAUAGUAUUUUAUCAAGCAGGUCCUUCUGAUGGUAUAGCUGCUUUUAAGGAUGAUCCAAGUGAUGUGGAAUGUUCAGAAAAUAGUCCUCAAGUUACUCCAAGAAGACCUCAUAGACCACGAAAACAAGAAAAGAAGAAAAGGCGUUAAAUCAUCUAUAAAACAGCACAAAA